AUGCGCUGCUCACUUCUUGUUGUCGCCGCUACCUCUGCGGUGCUCACAUCCGCGCUUCCCUCCAUUCGUCUCGAGGCCCGUGAGGGUUCCAUCGAUCAGUACCUCCCACCGGCCGUCCCCGUCAACACCCGCGCCAACGACCAGGACCUCAUCACCAAGCUCUUCACAGCGCCCCAGCAGGAGGACCGCGCCAAGCUCCUCAACCAACCUGGCGACUACGUCUUUGACUUUGCCGACCUCGACCCGCCCGAGGGCUCUGCCACGGACGGCGGUGAUGGCGGCGUCUCUGUGUCCGCCCACGCAAAGAGCAUGCCCGCCCUCAUCGGCCUGAACUCGGCCAUGAUGGUGGCCUUUCUAGGACCCUGUGGCAUGAACACGGCCCACGUCCAUCCUCGCGCCACCGAGCUCAACAUUGUCGUCAAGGGUCGUCUCGUGACCAACUUUAUCGUGAACAACGGUCUCGACCAUAUCGCCAACACCAUGGACACCUUUCAAAUGUCCGUCUUUCCCCAGGGCGCCAUUCACCAGGAAUUCAACCCGGACUGCGAGGAGGCCGUCUUUGUCGCCUCGUUCAACAACCAGGACCCUGGUGUCGUGUCAGUGGCCCAGGGGUUCUUUGGCUUGCGGCCGGAUGUUGUCGAGGCGACGCUUGGCGGGCCUGUGACCUUUAACGGUGCGGAUGUGGAAACCUUCAGGGAUACGAUCCCGAAGAACAUUGCGUUGGGCAUUGAGCAGAUCGACCCUGCCAUCCGCCUCCGUCGUGCCAUCCACACCGGCGACGCGACCCUCGUCUCGCGCAUCUUGACCUCGCACCCAGCGCUGCUGCACAACCCGGACACCUCCCCGCCAGGCCUCUGCAACUCCAACCUCCACCUCGCAGCCUCCCUCGGCCGCGGCACCGUCGUCCAAGUCCUCCUCGAGCGCGGCCACGAGAAGCCAUGCCCCGCCCUGAACGACCGGCACCAAACAGCCCUCAUGCUCGCGGCGGGUGCAGGCCACGCCGAGGUCGUCGAUAUACUGUGCAGGUAUGAUCGGGAGUGCAUACUACGACGCGACGCAAGGGGUCGAGACGCCAUCAUGGAGGCCAGCAUGGGCGGCCACGACACUGUCCUCCAGCUGCUCCUGACGUAUGCGCCCUGCGGAGCGACAGAAGCCGUGCGCAGGACGGACGGCGAGGGGAACACAGCGCUGCACUUUGCCAGCGGGAAUGGAAAUCUGCUGGCGCUCAGAAUACUGUUAGCCGCGGGCGCGGACGUGGAGAGCCGGAAUGUGUGGAAUUGGACGCCCGCCGCGUACAGUGCCACCGUCCAGGCUGAGGUGUAUCUCAAGGGCUUGGUCACAGAGGUCAGCAGGCAGGCGCUGCGAAAGGAACUCUCAAAUGGGCAGGGACAUGCCGUCAAUGUCGAUCCGGCCAAGAUGGCGGGCGGCGUGCGCGUGGUGACGGCUGAUGUCGAGGACGACGAUCGGAUAUGA